AUUGCGUCUGCUAUAUAAUAUAACCGAAGCAGAAACCCUAAUUUCGGAAUUCUUCUUGUAUCGGUGCGGCACAUUCACAGUACAGUAGGGAGAGGAGUUGGAUCGGAAUGGGAAGGGUAAUUCGUGCACAGCGUAAGGGUGCUGGGUCAGUGUUCAAGUCCCACACCCACCACCGCAAGGGUCCAGCAAGGUUCCGCAGUCUCGAUUUUGGUGAACGAAACGGUUACCUGAAAGGCGUUGUUACCGACGUCAUCCACGACCCUGGUCGCGGUGCCCCUCUCGCCAAGGUCACUUUCCGCCACCCCUUCCGCUACCAGAAGCAGACCGAGCUCUUCGUCGCCGCCGAAGGCAUCUACACCGGCCAGUUCAUCUACUGCGGCAAGAAAGCCACCCUCGUCGUUGGCAACGUCUUGCCCCUCCGAUCCAUCCCUGAAGGUGCCGUCAUUUGUAAUGUCGAACACCACGUCGGUGAUCGCGGCGUUUUCGCUAGGGCUUCCGGCGACUAUGCUAUUGUUAUCAGCCACAACCCUGAUAACGAUACCACCAGGAUCAAGCUUCCUUCUGGUUCGAAGAAGAUUGUUCCAAGUGGGUGUAGGGCGAUGAUUGGGCAAGUUGCAGGUGGAGGAAGAACUGAGAAACCUCUUCUUAAGGCUGGUAAUGCUUACCACAAAUUCAGGGUGAAGAGGAAUUGCUGGCCUAAGGUGCGUGGUGUGGCUAUGAACCCAGUUGAGCAUCCUCAUGGAGGAGGUAACCACCAGCACAUUGGUCAUGCUAGUACUGUUAGGCGUGAUGCUCCUCCUGGCCAGAAGGUUGGUCUCAUUGCUGCUAGGAGGACUGGUCGUCUUAGGGGACAAGCUGCUGCUACUGCUGCCAAAGCGGAUAAGACAUCUUGAAGAGAUUGUUAGGGUCUUAUUUUGUUGCAAGUUCUCAAAUUUUGUUUAUUUGAUAGUUUUAUGUUAAACUGUUUGGGUAGUAUUUUGAGCAAUGUUUUCCCCAUAAAUAUGAAGCCCUUAAUUGACUGUAUUUUUUGCUUGUUUAAGACAUUCAAUCCUACUGUUUAUCUAUCUUUUGCUGAUUUCAACUAGUUGUAAUGUGAAAUUCAAUUUUUUUCUUCUCCUUUGGUGAUUUGAUUUUGGCUACAGCAGUAGCCUACGAGCUUUUUCAUUAAGCUCAACUGUAAGAGAGUUGAGGAAGACCGACAAGAACACUGGAAGAAAUCAUCGAAAGAAAUCUUGAGAUAUAAUAUUUC